AUGGUGGAAAGGGUUGUGUCAUCACCGAUGAAGAAAAUCUUACGUGAUUUUCCCGGAAAUAUGAAAUUUUGUUUUGCUUAUGGUUCUGGUGCUAUGAAGCAAAAGACAGACCCCACUCGGAAUAUGUUAGAUCUCAUCUUCGUUGUCGCUAACUCCAAGCAAUGGCAUGCGGAAAAUCUGACGAGAAAUCCUCAUCAUUAUGCUCAACCACUUCGUUUUCUCGGUUGUAAUGCUGUGAAAAAUAUUCAAGAAUCAUGGCCAGCACAGAUUUACUACAACACCCUGAUAAAAUCCAGUGAAGGACGUUUGAUUAAAUAUGGCGUCGUAUCAGAGACAUCACUAGUUGCAGAUCUUCUCGACUGGAAUUUUCUGUACUUGGCAGGAAGGCUUCAUAAGCCUGUGGAGGUGCUGAUUGAGCCUGACGAGACAUCUCAACUGCGAGCAGCACUUGUUCAAAAUCUUCACUCAGCAGUUCAUGCUGCACUUCUUCUUCUUCCUGAGAACUUUACCAAAGUCGACUUCUUCAAAGUCAUCGCAGGAUUGUCUUACCAGGGGGACUUUAGGAUGAUAUUUGGAGAGGAUAAAUCCAAGAUUGAUAACAUUGUCGUGCCUCAGGUUGAUAAUUUUCGUGAGUUGUAUGCACCUGUCUUGAAGCACUUUGAUAAUUACAUCGAAAUACCUCAGGGUUUGGAUGCAUCAACAACUUGCAAUCAGGACACGAGUCCAACAGCUAGAGUUCAUCACUUGAAUCAAUUGCCGAGAAUUCCGCAGACGCAGUUGGUGAGAAUUUGGUCGAAAGGUCCUCGAUCUAAGGACACGGAGGAUUGUCUUCGUGCUAUUGCACAUGAUCCUGACUGCAGUUCAAUUCUCUCACAAGUACUUCAGGAUAUCGUUUGGAAGUCUAGUGUGGGUCAGAGUAUCAAGGGCAUUUGUACUGCUGGGAUUUUGAAGUCUGUUAAGUACAGUGCAGCUAAAAUUAUGAAAAUGAUUAACUCGGAAUCGCGGGAGAAGUCACAGAUGAUGAUUCCUAGACAGAAAACGCCAAAAGUGGACCAAAUUGUGCAUAAUGCUGUUAAAAACGAAGAAACAAAUAUUAAGUCUGAACAUAAAUGA